GUUUGCGGACUCCAUCCGGGGGAUGUUGAAGCUGAUCCUGGUACUGAUGCUGGCGGGGGCCUCGCUGUCCUCCACCUGGUUCACGCUCACCUGCCUGAGCUCCUUCACCCACCUGCCCUCCACCGCCGGCAUCCUGUACACCUCCUGCAUCCUGGUGGGCAUCUUCAUCAACAGCAGCGUGCCCAUAUUCUUCGAGCUGCUCAUCGAGACCGUGUACCCGGUCCCUGAAGGCAUCACCUGCGGGCUGGCGACGUUCCUGGGGAACCUGGUCUCCGGCCUGCUCCUCACCUUCCUCACCUUCUACUCCACAGAUCUGUCCUGGCUGAACUGGUGUCUGACGAGCUCCUGCCUCUUCAGCCUCUUCCUCAUCCUCUUCUUCAGGGAGUCCUACGACCGCCUCUACCUGGACGUCUUCGUGGCGGUGUGAGCAGGACAGACGAAGGGAACGCUAGACUCUUUUUAUGAUUUUUAAUUUCUUUUAUGGGAUUGUGUAUAUGGUAACCGCGGCGACGGGUGGACGUUGUCGCGGCUCUUCCUGGUCCCGCGUUGGACGUGGAUCUCGCACACUGACGCUAGUCGUUGUUUACAGACGUUGGAAGGUCGGACCUCCAAAGUGACCUUUUUAAUGUUUUAAUAAUGUUAUUAUGCAAAUGAUUCUCCAGACUGAGUGCUGCAGCUUUAUCCACUACAAGAAGAAGGGAUCGUUGUGUCAAUGGAUGAGAACAUCUUCAAAUGUAACUGUUUUGUACCGACUGCUCUGAGCCAGUAUUUAUAGAAAGUGCCGCCCAGCUGACUAAUACGACCCCCCCGAGGGAAGAAGAAACCCUCUCUUCCUCUUCCUCACCACGAGGCUCCGAUGUUCCCUCCAUGUUGUUUGUAUCCUUUCACCUUCUGACGCCUUAAUCUCUCUGGUGUGUGUUAAACACGCGCGUUGGUUGCGUAUUUGUACACGCGUGUGCACACGUUGACGCUCCUGUAGCAUCACUGUGGUUGUAAAUGUUUCAUGGAAAAGAAAAGGACAUAAAUGUGACUGUUAAAUGUUUCCAGCAACUUAUUAACAAUAAACGCUUUUAGAUGA